AUGGGGCAGAGGGCCGUGACGGACCCCAGGGACGGCCGCCGGGUGGCGCUCAAGAAGCUGCCCAACGUCUUCCAGUCGCUCGUGUCUUCCAAGAGGGUGUUCCGGGAGCUCAAGAUGCUGUGCUUCUUCAAGCACGAGAACGUGCUGUCGGCUCUGGACAUCCUGCAGCCGCCCCACAUCGACUUCUUCCAGGAAAUCUACGUCAUCACGGAGCUGCUGCAGAGCGACCUGCACAAGAUCAUCGUGUCGCCGCAGCACCUGUCGGCCGACCACAUCAAAGUCUUCCUCUACCAGAUUCUGAGAGGUUUGAAGUAUCUGCAUUCGGCACGGAUCUUGCACAGAGACAUUAAGCCAGGAAAUUUACUGGUUAACAGCAACUGUGUACUGAAGAUCUGCGACUUCGGGCUGGCCAGGGUGGAGGAGCCGGACCAGGCCAAGCACAUGACGCAGGAGGUGGUGACGCAGUACUACCGCGCGCCGGAGAUCCUGAUGGGCGCCCGCCACUACUCGGCGGCCGUCGACGUCUGGAGCGUGGGCUGCAUCUUCGGCGAGCUGCUGGGGCGGCGGAUCCUGUUCCUGGCCAGCAGCCCCGUGCAGCAGCUGGAGCUGAUCACGGAGCUGCUGGGCACGCCCUCCCUCGAGGACAUGCGACACGCCUGCGAGGGCGCGCGCAGCCACAUGCUGCGCCGGGCGCCCAAACCCCCGUCGCUCACCGCGCUCUACACGCUCUCCUCGCAGGCCACGCACGAGGCCGUGCACUUGCUGUGCCAGAUGCUGGUCUUCGACCCCGACAAGAGAAUCACGGUGGUGGACGCGCUGGCACACCCCUACCUGGACGAGGGCCGCCUCAGAUACCACUCCUGCAUGUGCAAGUGCUGCUACACCAUGUCCGGGGGCAUGCGGCAGUACACGGGCGACUUCGAGCCGGUGGCGCCCCACGGCUUCGACGACCUCUGGGAGAAGAAGCUCACCUCCGUGCAGCAGGUCAAAGAGGAAAUGCACAAGUUCAUCGCAGAGCAACUGAACACGAGUAGGGUGCCGUUGUGCAUUAACCCUCAGUCUGCAGCUUUCAAGAGCUUUGCCAGCUCGACGGUUGCUCACCCAUCCGAACUGCCCCUCGCCCCACCAGUGGGAGUGACGCCACUCCUACUCUAGUUUGCAAUUGUGAAACUGUGCGGCCAACCUAUCACGGCUUGGCCGCGGGAACGAACCGAAACUUUGGCCGGAGUUUUCACUCUUCAUUGGGUUGCCAAGCAUUCAGAGGAGUGGUGCAGCGCGACUAACUUGUUCUGGCCUCUUCCUCCCUCGGGACUCACUGCUUGGACUGUGUAUAACACUGUGGAACUGCAUGUGUAUGCGCAUGUGUGCAUCUGUGUGCAUGUGUGUUUGCGUUUCGGGAUGCGUGCCACGCCAUCUGAAUGUGUAUCUAGACACCAUUAUGGAGACCAAUUCUACAAAGUGCCACUUCACGUUAAAUAACUUCAUUCCCCAGCCGAAGGAGUUCAAAAAAUAAUAUGCUCUUAUGCUUGUAAAUUACCACAGAAAUAUGUACAUCGAUAGAAUACAAGAAAAGUGAACUAUUUAGACUGUGAAAAUUGACUGUUGAAAUGUGUAUUUUAUGUAAAUAAACUUAUGCCCAAAAUUGUAGAAAA